AAAAAAAAUAAAGAAAAUCUACCCCUGUUUUUUGGUUACCACUUCUUCUUACAUAUUCCGGCAUCCGGGCCGUCCCGCGUAUGUUCGUCGGAGAAGUAUUGUUUUAACUUUCCCGGCAAAAAACUAACUUGCGCGGCUGAGCUACUGCACCACACUGUUGGGAACAUCGUCAUUGAAUUCUGUCAGCAAUUCUUCUGUCUCCACUCUCCAUCUAGCACGGAUUCGCAGUGAUUUCUGUCUUUUCGCUUCAAAUUCUCAAAACCCUAAUAGAGAGCAAUGUCAUUUGCUGCUCAAUCCCAGUUGACCAAUUCGCGCUCUCAUAUCUGCCUCUUCUGUUCGAUGAAUCUGGUUCACGGUGGCGAUCCUCUGAAACACCUUGCCACUUCCACACUCCCAUUCUCCUCCAGGCACGGUGGAAGCUCAAGUUCCCUGCAUUUCGGAAUUCUCAGGCGGAGACCUCCUUGGCUGCGUAACCAACAACAGAACUUUGAGGCGGGUGGUCAAUGGCGUGUCAGAGUUUUUGAGUCCUCCCACGACGCUCUGCAGAGAGAGGGGCUCGAUAGUAAGCUGAAUUUGGAGGCUUUCCUUUCGAUUGUAGAAGUGUUGUGUAUCGUUCCUUCAGCUGUUCUUUCUGUCGGAUAUGCCGUGAAUUGGGCGUUUUUCUCGAGCCCCUUGCAAAAAUCGCUUCAGGUGUCUUUGGUGAACCGUAUUUUUGUCUGGCAGUUUGUUUUGUUGGUUGGUGCUGUUGCUGCCGGGGCUUUGGUUAGAAGAAGGCAGUGGAGGAGGAUUUGUAGAGAUACGAUAAAGACGGGUGCUGGUGGUUCGAGUGUUAACCUUAUCGAGAGAAUUGAGAAGAUAGAGGAGGAUCUUCGAAGCUCUGCAACUAUCAUAAGGGUUCUGUCUAGGCAGCUGGAGAAAUUGGGGACUAGAUUUAGGGUUACAAGGAAAGCUUUGAAAGAACCAAUUACGCAGACUGCAGCUUUGGCUCAGAAGAAUUCCGAGGCCACUCGAUCUCUGGCAGUGCAAGAAGAUAAUCUCGAAAAGGAGCUUGUUGAAAUUCAAAAGGUUUUGUUGGCAAUGCAGGACCAACAACAAAAACAGCUUAAGCUGAUUCUUGCAAUUGGCAAAGUUGGGAAGCUGAGGGAAAGCAAGCAUGACACUGUUACAGAACAAGAGACAAUUGAACCAAGCAAUUCAUUUUUUAAAGAGGAUUUACAACAGAUCGAGAACCAAACCCAAACGAGUAUGGAACACAAGGGAACCAGCAACGACAGAGCUUAGGACUCGAUAUUUCAAAUGGGAUAGUCUUAUUUCAUGCAGCCACCUGAAGUUGCGUCCAUUCAUGGUAUCUGGCUGAUGAUGAUCACUGGUCUGUGGAUAAGCAAUGCAGUCAACUUGUAUCUAACCAUUUUCAUCAACUGGGAAACUUCAAAGAUUUGAUAAAUGAGAUUACUAAAGAGAAAAGGUUGGGAGUUUAUCCAUUGGAUCGUUUAAUUUAGAAUAGUAGGCUCCCCUCUCUCAUACAUCAACAAUUCUUGUAGUUUCAACCCUGUAUCUUAUCCAUAUUCAUCUUGUAUCGAGGUGUAUGGCAUGUUUUUUGUCA